GCGGUGGGGGAAGGGGUUUGCAUGGACGGAUCACAUUAGUAUUCCCGUCCUAUCAAUGUUCGGGGCCUCGACCAACGUCAGCCGGACCGAUUUCCUGCGUCUGCCAGUCCCGCCACGGAUUCUUUUGCGAUCCUUAAACAAGGAACCCGUAGAGACGAGGGAUCAAGGCAACAGAUUAGAGCCAAUUGCCUGCUGCGGGUACAGCCAGCCCUUCCAGGCCUGGCGACCGUGGAGAGAGGGAAAAGAUGAACUGAGCGACGCCGCGGGAAGACAUUGGAGCAGGAGCGACACCCCCUCCCGCCCCCCACCUUGCAGCGCAGGCUUUGAGAGCUGCUCCCCCAUCUGAAUGGAAACUCAGCGCCGCAGGGCUGCGCGUUCCUUCUGGCUCAGCGGGGCGAUCCCUGCCGAGAGGAGCGCGGUGCGCGUCCGCGACAGCGCCCAACUCCCGGGACAGGGCCCGCAAUGCUGCUGAGCAGAACUUGAUCGCGCCCCUUCCUCGCUGCUAGUGGACGCGAUGCUGCACGGCGCAGCCAGCGCUUCCCCGGCUCUCCUUCAAGCUGAAGGUUACCCACCCGCGCAGCCAGCCCCAGCCCUGUGAGCGGCGCGUCUCGGUCCCGGCUCCGGCUGCUUGGCCGCGGCGUGCAGGGCAACCACCGGGCCGCCCGCGCAGGGGCGCACUGCACCAGCGGCUUCGGCUUGGUGGAUGUGUAUGCAUGAGUUCUGCACCGAAUGGGCGCAAAAAGCGCCCCAGCCGGUCCACCCGCUCCUCGAUCUUCCAGAUCAGCAAGCCUCCGCUGCAGAGCGGGGACUGGGAGCGCAGGGGCAGCGGCUCCGAAAGCGCCCACAAAACCCAAAGAACCCUGGACGACUGCAAGAUGCUCGUCCAAGAGUUCAACACACAAGUGGCCCUGUACCGAGAAUUGGUCAUUUCUAUUGGGGACGUCUCUGUCAGCUGCCCCUCGCUCCGGGCGGAAAUGCACAAGACAAGAACCAAAGGCUGUGAAAUGGCCCGACAGGCACACCAAAAACUGGCUGCCAUCUCAGGCCCAGAAGAUGGGGAGAUACAUCCAGAAAUCUGUCGGCUUUACAUACAGCUGCAGUGCUGCUUAGAAAUGUACACGACAGAGAUGCUAAAAUCCAUUUGUUUGCUGGGUUCCCUUCAGUUUCAUCGAAAAGGAAAGGAAGCCGGUGGGGGAACAAAGAGUUUGGACUGCAAAAUUGAGGAGAGUGCUGAAACUCCUGCCCUAGAGGACUCCUUGUCUUCCCCCAGUGACAGUCAGCAGCACUCCUGGCAGGUUUCCACAGACAUCGAGAACACCGAAAGAGACAUGCGUGAAAUGAAAAACCUUUUAAGCAAACUCAGGGAAACUAUGCCUUUACCGUUGAAAAAUCAAGAUGACAGCAGCCUUCUGAAUCUAACUCCCUAUCCACUGGUUAGAAGACGGAAGAGAAGGUUCUUUGGGCUGUGUUGUCUCGUCUCAAGCUAGGCGGCUCUCCGGGAAACUCACCGCUGGGAACACCUGAAAAAAAAAAAUCACAAAACUCGAGGACCUCCAGACAGCUAAACCAUACAGUGAUUGGUUUUUCUAUGCUUCCUUCUUACUUUUACCCACCUCUCCCUGCCCUUUUCAAUGAUUUUACACUUGAAAGCACCUGCCAUCAAGGAAAAAAAAAAAAAGGAACAGAUUUAAAAAGCAGGCUGUUUUUUUAAAGGAUUUUUAAAGUUGACAUUGUGCAUGUCUGCUCCAAACCAUGCCAUGACAGAUGCAAGACUUAUGAUUUUUAAAUUAUUUAAAGAUUUUUUAAGUGUAUUAUAGAGAGCAUUAUUUCACAUAUAAAAAUGUAUCUGUAGCGCUUGGUGAUCUUAUGUUAACACCUUAUCAUGUAUGGAAGAAGUCUUUAAACAUAGAAAUCUAAUUAAAACUAUAAAACUGUUUUAAAAAACCAAUCUAUCAAUAUCAUUAGAAAUAAUAUAAGUAAACAUGUACCACCUCACCCAUUGCUUUCUUUGCACUCAUUUACUUUUAGUCUUCCCUUCUGUCAGAAUCUAAACCUUCACCAUAAAAAUAUCUUCCUAAUUUAUAAUGCAACAAAAGUCACAUAUGAAAAAAAUACGUUUUGUAAAUACAUAAUAAUCCUAAUACCUUCAUAUAAAUGCUUAUGGGCAACUAAUUUCCCUUUGAUCCAAUGGUGUCUUUUUCAGCUUCUCGGAGAAUGAAGUUAUCCAGUUAGGAAAUGGUGUAGUAACAUAUACAAUUACCCUCAAAUGUAAAAUUGAAUAUUAUCACAUUUUGUUCUAAUUGAACUCUGAAGCAUGGUGUCUGCACAUCAGCAUAGUGUUAACUUAUAGGGCAUGCUGGAAUUAGCUCAGAUCGUAAAAAUAUUAACAUUUUACAUUAUUAAUAAAAAUGUUUUUAGUUAAGCUAAGCUUGUCUCAUUUUAGAUGACUAUGCAGAUAUGACUUUUCCAAUGUGUACUUGGUGUCUUGUCUUCCGCUUAGAGUACUGACAGCAGGACACGUUAAGCAAUACUAUAUUUUAGAAAGGAGGAAGUCACGUGCUUUGUUUUUCUGCUCACAGCUUUGUUGCAGUCUUCCUCCACUAAACUUGUAACAUGGCUCAAAUUUUGUUCUAUUUCCCCCUUUUAACCUUUGACCCAUUUCCCAAACAGAAUUUCCCAUGACUGGAAAGAUCAAGUCUUUCCACUUCUUUUCUUGUUUCUAUAGUUUGAAAAAUCAAGCUGGACAGGAGGCACCAGCACAAUAGAAGUAUGAGCUAGAAGCCUACAUGCGGUUUAUAUAAGACUCAUUUUCAACCCCAACCCUGCACAGGCAUUUACAUGUACACUAAUAUCUUGACCUAAAAACUAAAUGUAUUAAUGCUUUUAGCUUAAAUGAAGAAGGAGAAAGUGAAAAAUUAUUAUAUUAGGUUGAAUUAUAUGAAAUUGCUGAUAUUUGACUGUUUUGCUCUAUUAAAACGGCAGUUUCAGAUAAUUCCCCCUAGUAUCUGAAGUGAAAGUAAAAUAAUUAAAAGAUUAGAAGACAUCUCAAAAGGCUAUGCAGGUCCCUGCUUUAAUUAUACCAGCUGUCACUUGGCCUUGUUCUUGACUUACAUGCUUGGGUUGCAGCAAACUGGUAUUUAAGGCAUAGUGCCAAGGUUGCCCGGCUUCACAAAAGGAAGUACCCUGAACAAGCUACAUGAGAAAAAUCAUAAUUUUCUAAAUCAAAAACUUGUGAAACUAUUGUGAUAGUAUGUUAUUACAAGUAACCAUUCCUGGAUUCACCUAGUCUGCUGACCUUGAUUUUCAUAAAUCAACCUUAAUUAAGCUUAAUAUUCUUUUCUGAAUCAGGCUCAUUUUCAAUGUUAUUUCACUUAAGGGUCAUUGUUGUCCAGAUUAUGAAGUAGGCCAAAUUGGCAUGCACUCCUCUCCUGCCUCGGCCCUCUCCUACCCUUUGACUAUAUUGAACCCUUAGCCUCAGUCUUGUUCCUAUUAAUCCAUGCAAAAUUAUUCAUUGAACAGCCCAACCUUGAUAUUCAGCACGUUCUUCUAAAUGCCUGACCUACAUCAUUUCUGCUUGGUUAAUUUGAGCUCACUCUCGCCUUAGUCUCAGUGUGAAAGUAACACUUAUCUUAUGUGCAAUUGUCCUUUGUACGACUAAAGACUGUUAAUAAAUUCAGAUCUCACCUCCAUGUCUGGGAAGGCUGUAGUAGCUAUUCAUGGAGAUGGGAAUUUGUCUAAUUACCUAGCCAGACUUUCCAUGUCUAAGAUAAUAUAUUCAGCCACCUUAUAUUUUAUUCAUAGUGCCUGUUUUCCAGCCUUCGAUCAAUUUUAUAGUUCCCAUAGACGUACUCCAAGAUUUAUAGAUGUUCUUUCAGUAGCAGAUCCUAAAAUUACAUUUAGUACUCAAAGUUCUGAUAAUCUCCAUUGGCACAUGGUUGCAAUAGGUGAUUCGCCAUCCCCAUUUGAUAUGCCAGUGCAUCCUUUAGGAGCUGCCCCUCUCUCCUCCCACCUUCCAAGGGCAUUCUCAGGUAUAGUUCCAUGAGAUAAAAUUCUGCUGUCUUAGCUUCCUUCUAGUAAUUUACCUUGAGAUUGGCAAUUAACUGAGCUGAUCUCUAAAGGUAAGGAGAAAACAGUGAACCUGUUUUCUCGUGUGUACCCAUGUGCUUGAAAUGGCAAAUGAUGUAAACAGGGCACACACUCAUUUUGUCUCCAGUCUUUCAUAACCCAUAUUGAUUGUUAUUUUUCCAAAUUACAAGGACAAUAAAUGUUCUUUGUGGUAAAUCUGAAAAAUACUACCAUAUAACAAAAGUUAAAAUCACCUGAAUCCCACCACAAUCUUAUUGUUUAAAACUACAUUUUUGGGCUUUAAAUCAGUAAGGGACUAGGUCCAAAGGCACUUUUAGAUAAGACAGAUAAAAUGUUCACAUUGCCAAUGUGUCAUUUUAAAUAUCUGCUGAUGUUUUGUAUGCAUCUGAGUGUAAGCUCACUACAAACUUCUGGUCGUGCUUUUAUUCGGGGGUACAAAGAAAGUUAUGAAAUAGCACAGUCCCAAAUGCCUCCUCUAAUUAAUUAAAGCUCUGGGGGAAAGUCUAAAAUCCUGUUGGCCAGUAAGUUCUUCCGCGCUCCUCUGAAAAUAGUUUGGCAAUAGUGCCAUCUACCGAAUGCUAAGCUUCAGAGUAAGAGGAAACAAUACACAGGAGUGGACAACCUCGUAAUUUAUUUAAAAAAGCGAGCAAAUGGGCUGGAUUAACAAUGAUCCAGUCUAAAGAUUCAGACUCUGAAAGCCUCAACACUGAUAGGAUUAAGGAUAUCACUCAGCCUAACUUCCUGCCCCUCCCGUCUGUGCCUAAGCAGUGUGUAUUGUUUCUCCGUAUUCCAGAAUGUCACUCAGCAGAAAAUGUUCAACUUUCAAGUAACAGUAGAUCAAAUGAGAAAAAGCAGUUGUACUAUUCACCUCAGAAUAAAUCAUUAGAAUUAAAUAUGCAGUCCACUAUUUAUCUAACAACGUAAAAGAAUUGAGUAUUUUACAAGAUGACAAUUCAAAUCUGAGAAAAGGUUAGAUUAUUAAGUUAGAUUAAGUUAGAUUAUUAUGGGAGAAAUAUUAGCUCUAUAUUCAUAACUUUCAUCAAAAUGAAUUUUAGAUGAAAUAAAAGUUUAAGUGCUAGAGCACAUAAAUAAACAUACAAAAGAACUAGCAGGCAAUAUGAGUCAAUUCAUAGUUUUAGGGUGGGGGAAAAAGCCUUUCAAUCAUAACACUCAAGGAGAGAACUAAAAAGAUGGAUGGAUUGGACUAAUUAGAAAGGUAAAACUUCUACAGAGUAAAAAAUAAACCAAAUUAAGAGGAAGUACUAUGUGUGGUAGAUGGAGCAAAGAGUCUAAAUCUCUAACAUAUAUCAAAAACUUAAAAAUCACCACUUUGAGAAAGUUUCCCUCAUCUACAGUCUCUGUGCUUCUUCAUCUUUUUUGUCUGUUCACCCCACUAAACAGGAAGCACAGACAGCAAUAAGCAUUAUCUAGUUUGCUUAUUGUUAUUUCUCUAGAUCUUAAUACAGAGCUAGACACAAAUAUUGAAAUCAUAUUCACUGAAUGAGUGAAAAUUGAAUGAAUAGCAUAAAUUAUAUUUUAUGACUCAAAAAGAAUCCAACUUUUUAGUAGAACAUUGAAAUUCUGGACAUAAAAUGAUAGGGCACCACAACCUAAUAUAAUUCACUUAUAAUAACUAUGAAAGCAUUUGAAUGUAUAAGUAAUAAAAAUACAGAUGACUAUAAUAAACUCCUUUUUGAAACUCAAAAAGUCAGAGCCCAUGAAGAAUUAAAGUUCCCAGAGACAGCAAGACAGAAUGGAAUGAAUGUUCCCUUACACUCAACAGGAGUGUAGGUUGAUUCAGCCUCUCUGAAAAAUAUUUUGGCACUAUAGUUUUCCUGCAUGCCCAGUAAUUCCACAUUAAGGAGAUUCUCUCCUUUUAGAAGUUCCAGGGAAAAAAUGAGCUAAGAUGCCUUUAUUCAUUACUCACAAAAUUAUGUAAGAAGGUAUGUUUAUAGCAGCAUUAUUUGAGAAAUAGAAAAAAUAAAUAAUCCUACAUUAUAUGCUUAGUUAAAUGUGAUACAUCCUUUCAAUGGGAUACUGAGGACCAAUUAAAAAUAAACGUCAUGUGUAUUCAAUGAAAUGUAUAAGCUAUUGUGAAAUGAAAGGGAAGUUACAGAAUAAUAUUAGUGUAUGGUCCCUUUUUAAAGACAUAUGUAUAUACAUGUGUACAUUAAAGGGUCUGAAAAGAUAAUUGCCAAAUGUAUAACAGCAUUUAUCUAUGGGAGGUGAGAUUUGGAGCAAUUACUUUUUCUUUUUGCAUAUCUGUAAUUUCUAGUUUUUUCCACAACGAGCAUGUAAUAUCUGUAUAAUUUUUUCAGGGAAUAAACAAUGAUGUUCACAAUAUACAUUAAAUGAAAAAAUAUUAUAAAAUAGUAUAUAUAUAGUAUGAUACAAUAUUUGUAAAAAAGAAAAUUAUAUAUAAUUAUACCUAUAUAUGUAUAUAUAUAUGCAUAAGAAAGCUAGAAGGACAUACACUACAAUGUUAAUAGCAGCUAUCUAUGGGUAGUGGGAUUAUGGGUGAUUAUUUUUUCUUUUUUCUUUGCUGUGUUUUCUAAUUUUUCUACAAUCAACAUGUAUUACUUGUGUAAUAAAAACUAAUAAUAAAAGUUUUAAAAAUA